UGUGGAGGUCAAGAAUAGUGGCGCCACUAGUCAUUCCUUCGCCAGCUACCACACCACCAACACCUCCAGCUCCAUCAACCUGAGACAUUGUUCUGGCGUGUGGCUGCUGUUGGAGACGCUGAAGAUGCAGCUGCCCUCACCAUGGACUUCACCACGUGCCAGCUGCCCUCACCAUGGACGUCACCACGCACCAGCUGCCCUCACCAUGGACGUCACCACGCACCAGCUGCCCUCACCAUGGACGUCACCACGUGCCAGCUGCCCUCACCAUGGACGUCACCACGUGCCAGCUGCCCUCACCAUGGACGUCACCACGCACCAGCUGCCCUCACCAUGGACGUCACCACGUGCCAGCUGCCCUCACCAUGGACGUCACCACGUGCCAGCUGCCCUCACCAUGGACGUCACCACGCACCAGCUGCCCUCACCAUGGACGUCACCACGUGCCAGCUGCCCUCACCAUGGACGUCACCACGUGCCAGCUGCCUACAACAUAUCACAUAGAUUUAAUAAAGCAUAA